AUGGCCGUAGGUGCCGUUGGCGUUGAGGCUGGCCAUGGCUCCCCUUUGGCUUACGGCGGCGAGCUCACGUUCACCGUAGUCAUGACCUGCCUCGUGGCGGCCUCCGGCGGCCUCAUCUUCGGCUACGACAUCGGCAUCUCAGGCGGCGUCUCGCAGAUGAAGCCCUUCUUGCAGACCUUCUUCCCCACGGUGCUGAGGAGGAUGGCGGACGCGAAGCGGAGCCAGUACUGCAUCUUCGACAGCCACGCGCUGACCUCCUUCACCUCGUCGCUCUACAUCGCGGGGCUCGUGUCGUCCUUCGCCGCCGGCCGCGUCACUAGGUCGCUGGGCCGGCGCGGCGUGAUGCUGCUGGGCGGGGCGCUCUUCUUCGCCGGCGGCGCCAUGACCGGCGCGGCCAUGAACCUCGCCAUGCUCAUCGUCGGGCGCAUGCUGCUCGGCUUCGGCGUCGGGUUCACCAACCAGGCCACCCCGCUGUACCUCGCCGAGAUGGCCCCCGCGCGGUGGCGCGGCUCCCUCGGCGUCGCCUUCCAGUUCUUCCUCGCCCUCGGGAUCCUCAUCGCCAACCUCGUCAACUACGGCACCGCGAGCCUCGAGUGGGGCUGGAGGCUCUCCCUCGGCCUCGCCGGCGCGCCGGCCAUCGUCAUCUUCGUCGGCGCUCUCUUCCUCACCGACACGCCCAGCAGCUUCAUCAUGCGCGGGAAGGCAGACCUCGCCCGGUCGGCGCUCCUCCGGGUGCGCGGCGCCAGCGCGAACGUGGACGCCGAGCUCAAGGACAUCACGCGCGCCGUGGAGGCCGCGCGCAGCAGCGAGGAAGGCGCGUUCCGGAAGCUCCUCGCCGACCGGCAGUACCGCCCGCACCUGACCUUUUCCGUCGUGGUGCCGUUCUGCCACCAGCUCAGCGGCAUGAUGGUGCUGACCUUCUUCUCGCCGCUGGUGUUCCGCAUCGCCGGCUUCGGGAGCAACGCGGCGCUGAUGGGCGCGGUCAUCCUCGCCGCCGUCAAGUUCGGCUCGCUCAUCCUCUCCACGCUGGUGAUCGACCGCUACGGCCGCAAGGUGCUCGUCGUGGUGGGCGCGGUGAUCAUGGUCCUCUGCCAGGUCGCGAACGCGUGGAUCAUGGGAGCGAAAGCCGCCGACGGCCCGAUACCGCGGGCCUACGGGGUGGCGCUGCUGGCGCUCACCUGCGUGCAGGGCGCCGGGUUCGGCAUGUCGUGGGCGCCGCUCAUCUGGAUCAUCCCCGGCGAGAUCUUCCCGAUGGAGAUACGGUCGGCGGGGCAGUCGGUGAGCGUCUCCACCACGCUCGGGCUCACCUUCCUGCAGACGCAGACCUUCCUCGCCCUGCUCUGCCGCCUCAAGUACGCCACGUUCGCAUACUACGCGGCCUGGGUCGUGGCCCUCACGGCCUUCGUCUUGGUCUUCCUCCCGGAGACCAAGGGCGUCCCCCUCGAGUCCAUGGGCUCCGUCUGGGACCGCCACUGGUACUGGAAGAGGUUCGUCGGCGACGGCCACGGCCACGGCCGGCGCAAACCACCUUCAUCUCCGUCUGCAUCAACAUGA